UCAGUUGUUGUGUUUGACACAGACUAAUUUUUCUCUGUUGUUUUUAUUUUUGGCCCUUCAGAAGAAAUAAAUUUAAAAAUACGAAUUUAACAAUACAAAACUUAACGAUAUCAAUCCAAAUAAAAUCAAAAAAUAAAAUGGAAAAUUCGCAAGACUUUUUGCGAUGUAAAACUCCCACCUCCCCAGAAACAAUCGUCGCCCUCGGCAAGAAAAGAAAACUUUCUACAUCAUCGAAUGACGACGACCAACCUGCAGUAAAAUACCUAGAAUUGGACGAAGUUUUUACUUUGGAACGAUUUAGUGAUGAAGUUCUCUUUGAGAUAUUCAAACAUUUGAAUACGCCUUCAAUAUAUGCUUUAAAAAAGACAUGUAGACGCUUUUGGGGAAUAGUGCAAGAUCACCGUCUUUGGAGAGAUAUUGACACAUUGGCACAUAGAAAGACUGUUGAUUCCCUGAGAGAGAUUUUAGAACGAGCUCAUAAAAAGACCAAUUCGAUCAAAAUAAGUGGAUUUCUGGGAGAAGCUGGACAAGAACGAGAUAUCAACCAUGAAAACGAGAAGCAGUGUCUUCUUAAGCUCGUCAUACCCAAAUGUGAAAAUCUCACUGACCUAGAGCUUCAGUCAGUGUUCAUAGAUUUUUCGGCCAUUCAAAUUCAAGACUUUCCCAAGGACUUGAGGCGGUUGGUGUUUCGAGAUGUUUAUGUGCGUUGGCCUGAUAACGCACCGACAGUCUUUCAAAAACUAGACAAAUCAUUGCUCUGGUUAGAGGAGCUUCGAGUAGAAUCGUGCACAUGGUUUCACCCGUAUGAUAUUAUGCUCUUUUCAAAGUGUCCAUCAUUGAAGUUCUUAAGUUUGCGAGGAUGUCAGAAUUUAUCAGACUUCGUCCCUUAUGGAAGCAUGGCCUCACGAUUUGGUUUCAAAAAAUUGGAACACCUUGACGUCAGGGACACACCAAUCACAGACUCUGAUCUACAGUGCUUUAAUGCUGUUCUGACACUCAAGGAACUACUUCUGCAGUGUCCUGUUCGCUUAAGGAAAAAAGUAGCUGAAGAUAGCAAAAGUUCCUUAGACCAAUUGGUCAAAUCGAACCAUUUUUCGAAUUUUAUAUCUUGUAUUUCAUCUUCAGGAUCAUCCAGCUCAUCAUCGUCUUCACUUAAUUCCACUUUAAGCGACACUGCUGAAUGUGCCGAACCGCCAGCAGAAGACCAAGAUGAUGCUAGACCAAGUACUUCAAGGCAACGAAACCCAAGAGAACCGGCAAAUGUAUUAAUGAGUAUUGAUUUGCAGAACCACACAAGAAUGGUAUACGGAGUUUGUGGGUCCUUGAAUACUGAUUUCAGAAGACUUCGGCACCCCGACAAUCCACAAGGGAGUUUUAGCAGUUUUUGGGAUAUGAUUUAUCGUCAAACAGGUCCCGAUGGUAGACAUUUCUUGCCACAGAAGUCUCAAAUAUCCCCGAUAUCUAAUCGAGGCGUAUCGUGUUUCGGCCGCCCCACCAAUCCAGUUGAUCAAAAUAUCAUUUGGAUACGUAUCGGUGAUCGACCCAAUAAUAACUCAUUUGAAAGAUUGUAUCUAAGACAUUACCAGCGAGUUACAGACGACUCUUUGCUUCAUCUAGCUCAGUGUUCGCCGAGAUUGGUUUAUUUGGAUGUGACAGGAUCUGGCGUUACUCAAGAGGGCAUUGAGCAAUUCAAGGCCAGGAAGCCAAAUUGUGAAAUUAUUUUUGAAGACUUUGAUGAUUAACUUUAAUGGUCUUACUGGAGUUUUAUCAUUCUACUUAGAUUUAGGUUAUAAGCAUAAAAUGUAUGUCUUUAUGCAAUUAUGAACAAUUGAUGUAUAAAAUAUUAAAUUAUUCUUUUUAAAUUUACGUAAAAAGCGCAAAAACAAUUUAUUAUGUAUCGGAAAGAAAAAUAAAACAAAAUUAUGUAUGUAAGUCCCUCAAAAUUAUUCUCUUGUUAAA